CUAUCCGUAUAAAUCGUAUUUAGUUACAAAAGACGAUCAAGUAGAAUAUUUUCUAAGAAAUUCAACCAGCUUAACCAUUUCAAAAAAUAUGAAACUUAUCUGUAUUUUUAUAUCAUUUAUCUUAUUAAAUGUGUCGGCAGAUUAUGACGCGAAAUAUAAGAAACAUGUUUUAGCUACAAAUGAAUCCAUGCUGGAAGCUGGUACAAUCGGAUUGGAACGAGUAAUUGAAGAACUGGUUUAUGAAGUCGAACAUCACUACAUUUUCGGCAAACUUAAUUGUAUGCUUGCUGUACCGGACUGCUUAGAUGUUACCAUCUGUAUACCGGGCUCGGACUUGAGAUCCAUCUCAGAUACGGAGAAAUUGCUUGAUUACCAGGACUAUAUUGGAUGGAAAAUAAGACGUGCAUUUAAAAUUAAAUAUCCUACUAUCAAUAAAAACCUAAAUUUUAGAAGGAUAGACUUGAAGAACCUUGCACAAGAUAGAAGAAAUCUUACCCGACCAGCUUUAAAAAAUAUAAUCAAUCGCGUAUUAGAUGGACCUGUUGAGAAUAUACCGAAUAAUGCCGCUUUAAAAGGGAUGUGUACUUUGAUAGGAAUAUACAUGAGUGCAAAAUUGCCAACAUCAUUUAUAAAAACUAUGGAGACUAACGAAACUAACCAUACUUGUACCAUUUCGGAUGGAAGAAUCAACAAAAUAUACAAAAUAAAUCGUGGCGUAUGGGGACAAAUUAGCGAAAACGGGACAGUACUACAACGACUACAGGACCAGUUAUAAUAAUUAGAACAGGAAGCAAUGGUAAAACUCCUCUAAAAUUAUAACAUAAUACCAUUGUUGUUGUAUUGAAAUAGUAUUUUUAUAAAGCACUUAUAAUACUUUGUAUUGCACUAAUAAUUGUCAAAUAAUUUAAUGUAUUCCACAAUAAACAGUUUUACUCACA